AGUUUAAUUAACAAUUCUUGGAAAGAUUGACGAAUUGUUGAAUAAAAUUUAUAUUGGGUAGUGGUAACACCUCCUUCCCUAAUUUGACCACUACAGGCGACGUGGCACCCUGACUUCUCUGUCUGUUCUUUAGUACAAGAUUAGUUGUUUCUCUCCAACUUCCACCCCCACACCAGACCACCAUUAGAUACUCUAUAUAUAUAGAGGUACAGACCAGGAAACACAAGUUUCUUUCCCAUCAAUUUCCCUCUCACUAUUUCCGCUUUCUUAUCCCUCCAAAUAUUAUUAAUAUCUCUACUUUUAUGGACACAGCAUCAUUAUCUUUCUUUCAUCUCUUUUUUCUCACCGCUAUCUGUCAAUCCAAGAAUCCGUCUUUAAAGCCAAUGCACUCUUUCUUUCAUUAGCGGAAGACUUCAGCUCCAAAUCUUUCAUCGCACAGAACCCAUAUUGAUAAUCAUUUUUGUUUUACUUUAAUUUCUUUUUAAAAAAAUGGAUUCUUUCUUCUCCACUUCUGCUCUCUAUAUCACCCUGAUCACUUUGAUUGCAUUCUGCAGAGGAGUAUCGGGUGCUACAUUUACACUAAUAAACAGAUGUGGCUACACAGUAUGGCCUGGUAUUCUUGCCAAUGCAGGCAGCCCUGCAUUAGAAAGCACCGGGUUUGAGCUUCCAUCAGGUGGCUCUCAAUCCUUUCAAUCACCCCCGAAUUGGUCGGGUCGGUUCUGGGGUAGAACCGGUUGCACGUUUGACCCAGUUACAGGUCAGGGAACUUGCCUAACCGGUGAUUGUGGCUCUAAUUUAAUUGCAUGCAAUGGUCAAAAUGCCAAGCCACCAGCCACUUUAGCAGAAUUUACAAUCAGGUCGGGCACCCAGGAUUUUUAUGAUGUUAGUUUAGUUGAUGGGUACAACUUACCAAUGAUUGUUGAACCCAACGGUGGGUCGGGUACUUGCUUGUCAACCGGGUGCGUUACAGAUUUGAAUCAGCAAUGCCCGAAUGAGCUACGGGUCGGGUCGGGUGAGGCCUGCAAGAGUGCUUGUGAGGCUUUUGGGACGCCAGAAUACUGUUGCAGCGGCGCGUACGCUACACCGGACACAUGCAAGCCGUCUAUUUAUUCACAAAUGUUUAAAGCCGCUUGUCCGAGAUCAUAUAGCUAUGCCUAUGAUGAUCCUACUAGCACAUUUACAUGCACAGGAGCUGAUUAUGUGAUAACAUUCUGCCCUUCAUUAGCAAGUCAAAAAUCUGCAACUCCUAGAGACCCAUCUCAGACUACUACUGUUACAAGUACAAGCACAGAAAAUGGGUCUGGAAAUGGAUCAGGAGAUGACCAAACUGGAGAUAACAUUUCAUGGUUGCCAAACUUUUUCACCGGACGCUCACCCAAAACUAUUGCUUCAUCUUCUUAUGCUUGGCAUUUUACAUUGAUGGCUUCUACAGUUUCCUUUCUAUUCCUAUAUUUCCUACAUUCAUAGGAAGCUCUUCCUCAAAAUGAACAUUCAACUUAAGGGUAGACUUUGGAGUUGUUUUGCACUCGGAGGAAAGGCUGGCAGCAGUAGCUUAUUAAAAUUCCAGAUUGUAAAGCCAAUUUUCCAGGCCGCACGCAUGUAUAUAGGAAAUUGAAAAAGAGUUUAUAUUUCAGGAAGCAUAAAAAAAUCUGUGUACCUUCUGACUUUUUUUUUUCUUUUCAAAUUUGCUUUUAGAGUUUCAAGGAUUUGUUGUAAUCUCAACCCAAAAUGAAAUAGAAAGCGAGAGAUAUAUUCUUCAA